AUGUCGAUUACAGUAUCCUCAGUUUUGAGGUCCCUACAGGGGAUCGCAAAUGCUACGAAGUCAACGGAGGAGGAAUUGAAUAGGGUUGACUUCAACGUCGCGCUCGCGUCAUCAGAACAGAACAACAUAGUGAACAAGGCGCAUUCAGAGGGUCUUUCCAUCGAAGAAUGGAACUCGUUAAUCGCAGAAACUAUAUCAGAACUCGACGAGACUUCCCUCCACAUUGCCUCUCUAUCUGUCGCAAUCGCCUCUGUGCGAGAAAAAUGCCGCCAGAAUCAACCAGCAACACCGGAAGAUCUAGACCGGAUAUGGACCACUAUCCGCGCAGCUCUCACCAGCAAGAAUCUCUCCCGAAACCUCUUCACCGCAAACCGCAGCGCUCAAGGCCUGCUGGCCGUUCCCCUCUGCAGCCUGCUCAAAGACGGGAGCAUCGACGAGCUCUUCCGUCUGCACGUCUGGAUGCCAGAUGGCAAGCGCGCGAACCCAGAUUUCACACUACACUCUCAUCAGCCCUUUGCACAGAGCUGGAUCCUCGCGGGUGAGGGGCGAGAUCACGCCUAUCAAGUUGAUGCCGUUGAUGAUGUCGACGAGGCGACAAACGCGGGGUACGCCCUUGCGUGGAAUGAUGGAAAGGGGCAGAAUGCGACGUACAAGACCCAUCAAGCCUAUUCCAUUGUGCAGAACACAGGGAAGCUAUUCAAGGCCGUCGAGACCUCCACUGAGAAGCAUAGGUAG